AUGGGCUCAUCUUCAGAAGUUCAGAGAAAGUGCCGCCGGCGUUCUUCGAGGGUAUGCCAAUACUGUCAGCGAAGAAAAGUGCGGUGUGACCUUGCAGUCCAUGGAUCACCUUGUACCAAUUGCUCACAUUUUGGAGUCGAAUGUGUGGUACCAGCGAAGACAUGGAAAUUUGAAAAUGGCUCGCCAUUGCAGAUCUUUGAGACACAAUUUCAGGGCUGUUACGAAGACAACGAAAAGACUCCUUCGCCAAUAGCUUUUCUUCCAGCGUGGGAAGCUGCCGAAGAGGAAGGGUUGUUCAAAUCAAUCGCGAAUAGUGAAGGCCAUGCCGGAGGAUCUAAAGACGAGACAGCCAAGUUGCAGGACCACAUGCGUUUUUCGCCGCCGGUCAUAAAGGAAUGGGCCUUUUUCGGUUAUCUGGUUGACGGGCCCAAGCCAGAGUUUAUCCAAAGGAGCUCCGCCAACCUUGAGACUCAUGAGAUCCAGUAUCUGAGAGUGAAGGGGGCGCUCUUAAUUCCAAAUGAAGAGUUUCUGAGAGAACUUUUGCGAGCGUUUAUCCAAAGAGUGUAUUAUGUUUACCCAAUCCUCAACAUCUUUGACUUUCUUUCGGCAAUCGUAUCAGAUGAUGGUCGUCACUCCGUCAGCUUGUUGCUUUUCCAAGGGGUGAUGCUCUCUGCGAUUCCUUAUGUGAGUCUCGAUAGACUUGUGGCCGAGGGCUUCUAUUCGAGAAAGCAGGCCCAAGAUGCCUUUCUCCAAAGAGUAAUGGCUCUAUAUAAUGUGGGGUACGAGACCGAACAAUUACCCAUGAUUCAGACAUCGCUUCUUCUCUCUUUGACAGAUGAUCCAACUGCUGUCAAAGACUCCUGGCACUGGUUAGGUUUAAGCCUUUCCUUUGCCCAGGCAGUGAACUUUCACUUGGACACGCCCGAAAACUGCAAAGGGGACAAAGGACUUUCCCGACGGAUCUGGUGGAGUAUGUUUACUCGAGACAGAAAACUCGCUUUGGGCAUGAAGUACCCUUGUCGAAUCCGAGAUGACACUUACCAAGUGCCAAUGCUUGCCCUCGACGAUUUUGGGCUUCAUUGCGGGGACCCGGCAAUUUCCUGGUUGGUAGGGCAAGACAUGGGGCUGCAAAAUACAGACUAUCAGAAAAAGGUGGCAUUGAUCUCUAUACAGUCAGCUGCGAUGUCUGUAGUCAUUGGUGAAAUAUUAAUGUUACAAUAUGCAUCCUCACCACGACCUUUCUCCAUGGGGGGGAUUGCCUUCAGCGACAAUUAUUCCUCGCAGAACAGCGACGCGACAAGACAUUCAGCUUUAUGA